AUGUUCCUUAAGCUGCUUGCAAUAGCAACUUUCAGUUGUAUAUGUCAAAGCAUCGUAGCAAAUAACUGUACACUGCGCGUGGAUUCGAUUCAAGUGCAACCGAAUUUUACCUUAGAGAGAUAUCUAGGCCGAUGGUACGAAUUGAAGUGGUUCUCUGACAGGUAUGAAGCACCAGGUGAAAUGUACCAGGACUACACACAAUUUUACAGCAAACGACCAGACGGAAAUAUAACCAUUACAUCACACGGCAGAGAUCCAGCUAAUGGCCAUGGUUGUCUACAGUUUCAUUCAAGCAUGAUUCUUACGGACACUCCAGGAAAAAUGUUUUAUAACUAUUUUAAUAAAGGCAAACUAGCGGACUACUGGGUAGUAAAAACCGACUACAUCAAUUGA